GGGGCUGCUGUUUGUAGAGUGAAAGCAUCUCUGUCGCAUGAUGGCUUUUCCACUUUAUGAUGCCUUUGUUUCAACAAAUUUUUUUCUUGCUACUAUUUAUUAAGCACCCUUCUUCUCCAACAACAUACGGAGCAUCUACAAAGGAUGGGGCUGCUCUAUAUUUGUUCUCAGAGAAGUUAGUAACUCCUUUUCCCACUCUUACCAAACUCUCUGUCUCUGUCUCUUCUGGCAAAAGUGAAAAUGAGCUUUCAAGCCUACCAAGUUGGACAGGAUAGAUAAUAUGUUGUUGCUGUGUGUUUUCUUGAAAAAGUUAGUGCAACACAACAAAAAGUGGAGCAUUUGUCCUCGUUGAUGAUCAGAGCAAGAACAAUUUCAGUCCAAUUCAAGAAAAGAAGUCAAGGGGCAUGUCGAUUUCUCGGCCUACGCUUGCUUCUAUUGAAUCCUUAGCGAUACCUGUCGUUCAGGAAGUCGUCUUCUUGGCAGAUUUUAGAUGUGCAAAAUGUCAACAAAGAGUAGCAGAAGUCAUGUCUAAAAUGAAUGGAGAGACAGAUUCUGUGGUCGUCAGCGUGCUGGAAAAAAGGGUGACGGUCACUUGCAGGCUUCCCACGGAAGCGGAUAGGGGAGGAGCUUCUGCACCGCGCUCCCCAGUUGCUCGGCUCAGCAAACUAGCCAUAUUGCUCAUGCGCCUAAGUUUCUCCACAUGCCGCUGAUAUUCAUUAAUUCUCCGGAUUAUAGAUUCAAGAAACAUAACAAAGCAAAAAAGUGUCUUGAAAAUUAAUUAGCACAUAUAGUUUUUUUUUUUCCUUUUUUACGAGCAAGAGUGUGUAAUUCAUACUUAAGUAGAUUUGCUGACACGGAUGCCUUGAAUAACAGCAAAAUUAGUUGUAUAUUUUAGUAGGAGAAGAAUUCGGAAAAUCUUGAAAAUUUGAUUGGAAGGAUUGGAUUUGUUUUUUC